CCAACCAAAAACAUCAAACUUCACUAAAUUAACAAAGAGCGGACAUGGCGAUUUCUAUCAGCUCCUGCCUCAGACCCCCCUCUUCCUCUUCCUCACCUCCUCCUCCACGCCCCUCGCCAUCGAACAAAACCCCUCUUACCCCAUGGCCUGCGAGCAAAGAAGCAAGCUGGGGAAGCCGGUGCGUCGCAACCGCAGCAUGCAUCAUAAUUGGCUCGAGUGCCGCCGGCUUUGCGGGCGGCGACGGGCGCAGAGUCCCUGCUGGAGAUCAUCUGAAGGUCAUGGAGGUAUCGGAAGGAAAGGUGGCGAGGUGGAGUGACAGGAGGAGGUGUCCUCCCUGGCAUGUGAAUUCUCUGGAGAAUAUCAUGCCGGAGAAUCUCCCCCGGCCGUCGACUGGUCGGAGAUCCAACGGGCUUGUAGCUUACAAACGGGCUCCGCCGGUUGGGGGUGCUUCCUUUCAGUACAAAAGUAGCUGCUAUUCGCUUUAGGCAUGUAGCCGUUUUACGGUACUUAUUUUUCACUUCUUUCUCUAAUACCUUGUGCACAUGAUAUGUGAGUCCGAUUGAAAAGGGUGAAUAAGAGAUUGAUUCCGCUGGGACGCGAUAUCAUUCUU